ACUGUUGAACGAACAUCCACUCCAAAUGUGCCUACCCGGGCCCUAUUACGCUACUGGAUGUUAUCGUCGUGAAUUAAAUAACAACGUUGCCAGAGGGUGUGUAUCGGAGUUACAAGGCACUCCGAUCUUAGAAGAUUGUCACGUCGGCGAAGUUUGCAAAAUUUGCAACACUGAUGGCUGUAAUUCAAAGGUGAAUUUCCAGGAAUGCUACAACUGCAACUCCGAUGUGGAUUCUGAUUGCCUCAGGGUUCAGAACAAUACAAGUUCUGCUGUUAUUUGUCACGAUUACAUGGAUUCAUGUGUGCAAAUGAUCCAGGAUGUCUACAGAAUUACACUUAGAGGGUGUACAAAUGAGAUUGAUUCCAUGCAUAAUCCUCUACCAAGCAUGAGAUUGGCAUGCACUGCUAAUUUUUGCAACAGCAACAUUUAUCCCAUCUGGAGGGCAACGUGUCAUCAGUGCGAUUCCGGAGAAGGAUGCAAUAGAAACAGUACGGAAACUACUGAGUAUUUGAUGCCUUGCAAGAUCUUCUGGCAGGACGAUCAGUGUUACUCAGUUCUCAGAGAUCGUCAAGCUGUUCGCGGAUGCCUCAGUGAUGCUGAUGCAAACGUGGCCUAUUGCCAAGAAUCGGACAUUUGCGAGAGCUGCAUUCAGGCUGGUUGCAACUUCCGCCCGGCGUCAAGACCCCCAGCACUCUCUUGCGUCUCUUGUCAGUAUGACGAAGCUUGCAGCUGGGGAUUCCCGGUGACGAGUGGGGAAUCAUGCGAAGAAGAUGUCUGGAUGGGAGAGGUUGAAGGAUGCUACACUGGUGUACGUGAAAAUGGUGACGUAGUUAGAGGAUGCUCACUUGGAUCUGCUCCAUGUCCUACCGAUCAUGAGUGCAACCACUGUCAAAGCAACAACUGCAACAGUGUUGCCAUCAAUAGACAGGAGUGUAUACAUUGUCGUAGCGAUGCUAACGGCCAGGAGUCCUGUGCGGAAGAAACUGCAGGUCUGGAACCUAGACAGUGUUCGGGAGAUCACCAAACUUUCCAAUUAAGAGGAUGCUACACCAUGAGAAAGCCCAACGAUAUUGUCAUUCGAGGAUGUAUGAGAGAUCUUAGCUCCGAAGACAUUGUCAGUUGCCAGAGUGAUGAUCAUUUCUGCAAUGUUUGCUUGGAACAAGGUUGCAACAUCGGACCAGCUCCUGCAAAAGCUGCUAUUCAACACCCAUUCUUUUUGCUUAUUCUGCUUUCUUCAAUUAUGCUUUUCCGACUAUUGUAAAACCUUAUCAAUUUCAAAAGUUCACAAGUGGUUUUUUGUAUGGGAAUAAAUAUUGAA